CAACAGUAUCGCAACAGUUAUUCCUCCGAUGAUUACUGGCUAAGCAUUGUGUAGUGAAACAACUUUUAGACCUUAUAUUUAAGUUAUUUUGUGAUAACAAUUAAAAUAAUGCGUUGAGAGAUGUGUUUAGGCGUUGGUUAGGUAUUCUAGGAGAGAGACACACCGUUUGUAUCAGCGUUUACUUAUUGAACACUACUUAUUAAGUCGAGUUAAUUGUAAUAGUUGUAUCAUUUGUCACACCAUUCCCGAGCCAUUCAUUUGUGAUAUCGGUUAAGACAUGAGUCGUUACACUCAGGUGGGAAACUUCGCGGCCGUCGGCUGGUGUUCGGCCGGAGUCGGACUCUUAGGCCUUAUAUUUAUGAUCGCCGGCGCCGUCAUCACUGGAAUCGCUUACACAGAGAUCACUCCACCCAACUAUGAUGAAAACUAUAACAGAUAUCUGGGCGCAAGUGUUCCCCGUUUAGUGGGACCAUUUUUGUUAUGUUUCGGUGCGAUCCUACUGUUCGGCAGCUGUGCCUUCUUCGGUCUCGCCUUCUAUAACGCCAAUCGAGAGUACGAUACAAACGGAAGUCGCUAUCAAUACACGGCUGCCUCGGCUACCGGUGACAACGGGAAGGCAACCGCGUAGCCAUUCAACUGAUAGCCAUAUAUUUUGUACAGUAUAUCGUCUUAAUCCCGCAGCUCUUUAAUCAUUAUUUAAUUUUUGGUUUUAUUAAUCGUAUUAUUUUGAGAAAUUUAAGUCUGAAAAUUUAGUAUUCAUUUAUUUUUGUAACACACAUGUAUUUUAAGUAUUAUUUUUUAAAGUAAUUUUAUUACCUCAGAGACCAUUAAAUUCUUUGUAUUUUAAAGUUUAUAAAAAUUUGAUUAAAAAGUGUUUUUUAAUCUCCGAUA